UGAGACAGCGCACGCAGUCAUACAAGUACAACGCAGGACUUUAGGGGUUUUUGGUAUAAUGUAAAUUGAAGCCCGUGUCAUGUAGUCUAAUACCGUAUCGUAUACUCGUAGUCUUUUUAACUACACAUUUCAACUGCAACCAGUAUUUGCAAUCGAUCCGGGGGAACUCCCGACCAAAACGGGAAGAGUAUAUAAAGCUGCAUGCUUCAAACCUUCACUCACUCAUUUCCAGUCAGGCUACAAAGAACAACUAUCGUGUUUUAAAAUAAAAAAAUAAUUAAGUAUUAACUUGAUUAAAAAUAGUUUAUUGCACGUUGUUCAUUUGUCGGUAAAGCAUUUUUUGAGGUUCGAAUAGGUUAUUAGCACUUAUAGCAAUGUCGGUAGAGGGUAGUAUGUCCGAGAACCACGACAGGGAGAGGAGCAAGAACUACGAACUUAGUGUGACCCACGGUGAACCUGGUAAUUGUUUGAAGGGCACCGCGUUUGUCAACUCCUUGACGGACGCCGGUGCUUACAAGAGUGUUGGAGGGAACGUGGCUAUGGAAAAGUCGGGUUUCGGAGGUCAACUUGGCGCUGUGCAUUCUGCCAAAGCCGACCAGAUGUCCGCAGCUGCCCAGAUGAACGUUAUCCAUACUGACAACCAUAAAAUGGACGUCCACGCCUUCGCGACGAAGACCAUGCCCCACAACCAACCCAACUUCGUCACCCAUGGCGGAGGCGUCGACUAUAUGUACAAGAACACAGUCGGUGCGAGUGCUUCAGUGGCGCAUACGCCGAUGUUCAAGCACACAGAACAAAACAUCGGCGCCAAGUUUAACCUACACCAGACUCCUACCUCCGCUAUGAGCCUGAAUCUUGGUGCGACCAGAUCCAUGAACCCUCAUAGCAGCGGGGGCUUCAAGCCCAAUAUGCUCUUCAGUGUACAGAAGAAAUUUUAAUUCAUACAUAGUGCUAAGUCUAUACUUGUAUUAUAAUCGUACUGUAUCAAAA